AUGGUCAAGACAAGUAGUGAUGAUGCAUCAUCAUCAAGCAGGAAGAGGUUCAAGAAUUUUAACCAUAAUGGCGUGGCAUCUUGGUCGGAUGUUAACCAGGAUUUGCUUUUUUUAAUUGUGAUGAAACUGGGAUUUGUUGAUUUUCUUGCGUUCGGCAGAGUUUGCAAGUCAUGGAGGUCACUUGCAGUCUCUUACAAGAACACGUUUAUGGCAUCCAAACCACCCAUGGAGAUAUCUAUCUAUAUAUCUACUGUUGCUGCCUACAGGACAUUGAAGGAACAAAGUUCAAAACCAUAA